UUUCUCAUCUUUCUUCUCAUAAUUAAUAAUACAGUUAUGGCAAAGCCUCUUCUAAUUUUUGUAGUUUUGAUUCUAAUUAGUCUAAUUAUAUGUUCAAGUUCAGCUACUAACUACAUUGUGGGUGAUAGUUCUGGCUGGGAUAUUAGUACUGAUCUUGAUACAUGGUUAGUAGGAAAGAAAUUCAAGAUUGGAGAUCUACUCAUGUUCCAAUAUUCAUCGUUCCAUAGUGUGUCCGAGUUAACGAGGGAGAAUUUCGUGGGGUGCAACACGAGCAACGUGCUCGAUUCGAGUAAAAAUGGCAACACAACCUUCUCAUUGGCAAAGGCAGGGGACAGAUACUUUGUUUGUGGUAAUAGGCUACAUUGUCUUGGAGGAAUGAAACUUCAUGUAAAUGUAGAAAACGCAAAUGUUACAGCAGUAUCCCCUGCUGCUGCACCACCAGAGAAAGGGCCCUCUUUUUCCCCUUCUUCAAAGAGCAAAAAUCCAUCAGUUGUUCCUAAUUUUGCUUUGUCUGAUAUUCAUGUUGGAUUGGAUUCUAUGGUACUUGUAAUUCUUGGCUUUUUGUUCUUAACAUUUUCACUUAUGUAAACUAGAGGAUUUUUCAUAAUCAAAAUAGAUUAUUUGUUUGUAUAUCGGCUCUUCUGGCAAGUCUUGUUAUCCCUAUGGUCGUCUAUCUCUCGAGUUGGAACAAAUUACUAUGAUU